GGGUCGGGCGACUCUCUCACUCAACAGUGACAGUGAGAGAGGAAGCUGCCAGCAGGCUGGGAGUGGUGUAUAAAAGACAACUCUUCUUCCUUCUUUCUGCAUUCGACUGCUCUCUCUCCCCUCUUCCUCACACCCAAGACUCUACCUGCACAGGAUGUCGUGGCAAGGUUAUAUUGAUAACUUGAAGACAGCCGACCAGAGCGGGACGUGCCCGGUGGCAGAGGCAGCCAUCUGUGGAAUCACAUCUGGGCAGGAGAGCGUUUGGGCCAGCUCACCCGGCAUCCAAGUCACGGUCGAUGAGAUCAAGAAGCUGGGUGCUAGCGACCGGUCGAGCUUCGCUCAGAAUGGCGUUCACAUCGGCGGAGUAAGGUGCCGGCUGAUCCGAGACCAGAUGGACUUUGACGGAGUCUUUGCGCUGGACCUGAAGACCUCAGCAGAUGCCGAAGGAAACACGUUCAGCAUAUGUGUCGGAAAGGCAAAAACAGCGAUAGUCAUAGCCAAGGGCACGAAAGACGCCUCUGGUGGUCAGGUAUCCAGCAAGGUGUUCAAAAUCGUUGAGUACCUGAGGAAGGCUGGUUAUUAGGACAAGACAACCACCUUCAUCUCACGAGAUGGAUGCCACCUCCUGCCUCCCUGUGUUUCUAUAUCUGAGCUUCUUUAGUUUUUUUUUUUUUUUUUUUAAAGUCAUUUUCAAUCUUCAGGUGUGUUUCCUGCUGUAGAGAUGAAUCAGAGUGUUUUCUCUGGUCUAAGUUAGCAUGUGGUAGCUUUUAACCUGAGAGUACACGUCAUGUUUAACGCAGGAACACAGUGUUACCAUUAUUUUUCUACAGUGGCGAUUGACCAGCGUCCAAUCAGAGCUCUGUGAAAACUCAUUGCACACCUGAAUUAAAUAAAAACAAACAUGGUUAUACUUACA